AUGGUUCGCGCGACGACGCGGGACGAGCGCGCGCGCGUGUACAUCGAGCACACGGAUGCGUACGGCGUGGUGUUUUACGCGAAUUACUUCGCGUUCGCGUCGAACGCGGCGGAGGCGCUCGGGAGAGUCGCGGCGGGCGGCGGCGGCGGCGGCGGCGGCGGCGGCGCGAACGCCGGCGGUUUCGAUUUCGGGCGCGCGUUUCGAUGCGCGAGGAUCGAGCAUUGUAAGUACGCGCGCGCGGCGACUCUGGGAGACGCCAUCGCGGUUCGGUCGGAGGUGGUGCGCGCGGACGAACGGAGCGCGACGUUGAGGCAAGAAAUCGUUUCGGCGAACGACGACGCCGACGAGACGGUGUUUCUCAGCGCGGAAAUAACGUACGCGGGCGCGGGCGCGGAAACGGACGAUAGUGUGGGUGUCGGCGACACCGCGGGCGAUGAGACGUUCGCGGCGCCGUGGGAGAUGGAAGACGGGAGAUGCGCGUCGACGGCGGUGAGGAUGUAUCGAGGCGAACGCUCCGCCGCCCAACGCUCGCACGUCGACAUCUUGCGAUUCUUCGAACGCGCUCGAACCGACGCCAUCGGUGGUUCGGACGCGCUGAGUGCGCUGCAGGACGAUGGCGUUGUCGUCGUCGUGUCGCGUUUGCAGGCGUAUUUCCCGCGCGGCGACGGUUCCCAAUCGAAAUCUUCGUCAUCUGUUAUCCCGGUGUACGACGUCAAAUCAACCGUCGAACUCAAGCGUCGCGGUAUCCAAGUCGUGUUUCACCAAGCCAUGUUUGCCGACGACGGCGCGUGCGUCGGAUACGGCGAUGUCACGUGCACGUGCUUGGACGCGAAGACUAUGCGUCCGAUGCCGUGCCCGCCGGCGCUCGUUGACACGUUCGCGCCGUUCUGCAUCGCGUGA